AUGGGAGAACCAACUUGUCACAUGCAUCCUUUCUCUUAUGCCUCUGGCAUACCCAAAGAAGCCAAUCAGGGAAAUCCUCUACAUGCUCUUGGAGAGUCGAUAUCUUUUGGGAGGUACAUGUCAGAGUCCUUAGCUUGGGAAAAAUGGUCAACAUUCUCUCACAAGCGCUACGUUGAAGAGGCUGAGAGGUAUGCCCAGCCAGGAUCAGUCGCCCAGAAGAAGGCUUUCUUUGAAGCUCAUUACAAGAGAAUUGCAACUAAGAAGGCUGCAGCAGUGUUGCUUGAUCAACUAAUCGUUGCCACCGACACCUCCGAACCAGAAUUGGAAGGCCGAGUUUGUGAUGAUGAUACUUCUACCCACGAUUCACCAUCUAUGGUUUUGGGCUCCCAAGUUGCUGCGGAUGAACAACAUGAGAGCAAGACCCAGGAUACCGAGGUGGAAUUCAUUCAAAAUGCUGAUGAAUGUAAUUCAAUUGUUCAACCAGAGAGUACCAAGAUGGAAGGAGCUGAUUUGGUGACUGAAAAGGGGACUCUAGUGGAAAAUCCUACGACACAUAACCAGGUUGAGGAUGAUGAGUAUCAAAUUAUGGUUUCUGGGGAGCUUAGUGGAACUCCACCAGUGGAGAAACCUUUACUGGGGAAUUCCAGCUCUAGUCAGGAUGUUUCAUUGCCCAUGAUCAAGAAGAAACCAUUUCUGUCUUCCUUAAAGCCAUCAGUUUUCUGUAGACCAUCUAAAAUUCCAACUGCGCCUGGCAAGUCCAUUGCUCCAAUGCAGGCCUGGAAAGAGAACGUAGCUCCAACCCCUAAGAAGUUUACAAUAGCCUCCACAGAUCAAUAUAGAUCAACUCCAAAAUCACUACAUACAGUCAUUAGUUCUUCUCCCUCAAGAGAACAUGUUAAAUCGACUAACCCUGCUGGACAGAAGACUGAAUGUUUUAGAGUUGCUCUUAGUGCUAUUAAGGCAACAACUAAAGAUUAUGCAACCCCUCUAAGGACAACAAAAAUGGGUUUUGUGAAUGGGGUGCCAAAGCAUCCUUCAGCAAACCCUUGCUCAGAAAAUAGAAGGGUCAAAGAAACAGUUGAUCUCACAGCUUCUGGAAAUAAAACAGCUGGGCCGAAAUGGCACACCCUAUCUGCAGUGUAA